CACCUAUAAAUUGAAGGACACCAACGUAACCAUGAAGCACCCACCUAUAGCAAGCCUAUGUCUUGCUAAAUUAAUAAUAUUGGCUACUUUGUUUUUGCCUUCCUUUAGUCUAUAUUCAGUCUAUGGAUAGUAAUCCGGCUGGUUUAAUUUUCUUUCCCGCCCUCUCCAAAGAUAACAUCAUACAUAUAUAUAUAGAUAGAGAGUCAUAGAAGAAUAGAUAAUUAUUACACUAAAAAUUAUGGCUAGUAGUAGUACUAGUAGAUGUGAGAAGUCUCCGAAGGUUUCCUUUUAUGGUUCAAUAGUUUUGCUAGGACUUGUUUGGUUAUUGCUGGUUGGAGUUUUACAUAACGAGACCUCUACAACAACGAUAGCGACAAGAACAAGAACGACAUGUUCUGAUCAUAAUAGAGGCGGAGGAAGAGGGAGAAGGAUGAACAUGGAUGAUGGUAGGAAGUCCGAAGUAAGUAGUAGUGUUCAUGUAGAUCCCAACUUCAUGAGCAAAAGGAAAGUUCCAAAUGGACCUGACCCUAUUCAUAAUAGAAGAGCAGGAAACUCUCAUCGGCCGCCGGGAAGAGCUUACAGAGGAGAGCUUAAGAACUAAGAAGCCAUGAAUGAAUUCCAAGCUAAGAAGAGAGGUAGCAGGCUGCAGGGAUUAGAACAUAGUAUAUCACCAAUUGUAUGUAAUAAUCAUUUUAAAAUUGGAUUCUAGUCACGCCGGCCGUUCAUUGGCUAUGUUUAGCAUUGUGGUACGGUACCCAAUUAUGUGUAUAUGUAUAUUUUUGUAGGGAAAAUCUGUUAAGCAAACAACGCAAUGAAAUUUCCUCACUAGAUCUUUCUCAAAUUUAUCAGUUCAUAUCAUUUCUC